GAAGCGCCACUCCGGGUCCGGGUUUCGGUCUCCAGCUCCCUCCGUCGGUCAGCUCAGCACAGUCUGGGACCCCCGAUGGCGGCUUCGGUUCCCGCUGUGUCAGACCUGGUGGCGGCCGCGCGGCGGCAGUUCACGCGCUCGUUCGGGGAGGAGACCCCGCAGGUGGCGGUGUGCGCGCCGGGGAGGGUCAACCUGAUCGGGGAGCACACGGACUACAACCAGGGAUUCGUGCUGCCGAUGGCGCUCCCCCUGGUCACUGUGGUGGUUGGCAGUCUCAACCUUGGGCAGGAUGUUACCAUAGUAACGGUUGCAGAAGACGCAGAUGAGCCCCGGGAGGUGUCCUUCAGCCUGGCCGGGGACAAUUCUGCGCUGACUCCAGGUGUCCCUCGCUGGGCGAACUACGUGAAGGGGGUCAUUCAGCACUACAGAGCUUCUCCUCUGCCGGGAUUCAGGGCAGUGGUGGCCAGUAGUGUCCCGCUGGGGGGAGGACUGUCUAGCUCCGCCUCCUUAGAAGUGGCCAUCUAUACUUUCCUGCAGCAGCUGAAGCCAGAUGGAGGUGACAACGUGGCCAAAGCUCUAUCCUGUCAGAAGGCAGAGCACACCCAUGCCGGCGUGCCCUGCGGCAUCAUGGACCAGCUGGUCUCCAUCCUGGGCAAAGAGGGGCAGGCUCUGCUCAUUGACUGCAGGUCCUUGGAGGUAUCCCCGGUCCCUCUAGUGCUCCCCGGUCCACUCAUCCUCAUCACCAACUCCAAUUUGAAACACUCAUUGGCGAACAGCGAGUACGCUAAGAGGCGCCAGCAAUGCGAGGAGGCGGCCACAGCUUUGGGGAAGAAGAGCCUCAGAGAUGCAACCAUGAAAGAGCUGGAAGAGGUGAAAAGCAGGCUGGACGACGUGAUCUUCCGCAGAGCUCGCCACGUCAUUGAGGAGACAGAGCGAACCCUACAAGCUGCGGAGGCCCUGAGAAGAGGGGCCUACAAGGAGUUUGGGAGGCUGAUGGUGGAGAGCCACAAUUCACUGAGGGAUCUGUAUGAGGUGAGCUGUAGAGAACUAGACCAGCUGGUUUCUGCUGCCCUGGAGGUGGACGGAGUAUUUGGCAGUCGGAUGACGGGUGGUGGAUUUGGUGGGUGCACUGUGACACUGCUGGAGGCCCACAGUGUCGAUAAGGCCAUCCUCCACAUGCAGGAGCGCUUCAGUGGGACGGCCACAUUCUUUAUCACCAGCCCUUCAGAGGGAGCCAGAGUUCUGCCCCUGUCAUGAUCCACUGGACACUGGAUCCACAAGCUCUCAACUUCAGCUCUGCUCAACAACGAGACUCCCUUUUAACAUCAUUUAUGUAUUUCCGACUAUUCUAAAGCAUAAGGUGCCAAACUCCAGGGCCUCGAGAGCCAGUGUCCUACAUGUUUUUCAACUAACCGGACGUUGAAGCUACUUAUUGGGUAAACGCACCUGAUCCAAGUAAUCAGCAGCAGAUAAAUCAGGAUUUCUGAACAAAAAAAAACAGCAGGAUGCCUGUCCUCAAGGUCUGGAGUCUGACAGCCCUAAAGGAUCAGAUUAAAAACUUUUAACUCUUAAAAAAAUAAACUGGUGAUUGUGAUUUGAUUUUGUUUUCUGUCUGAUGUUUCUAAAGAUUUGAAAACAUAAACAUAUGUGGGUGAUGUGAAGGAGGGUUUCAUAACCCCCACGCUUCUUUCUCACUGUGUGUGUCGAGAUUGGCGCUGACAGGGCUGGAAGGAGAGAAACAUUUACACGCUCAGCUGUCAUUGUCCUUAGAGGAUGAGGAGACAAAAACACACGACAGAGAUCUUUGUUCUUUUAUUCUAAAGAUCUGGAGGGGGUGGGGGGAUGAGUACAGAGCCCCCUCACAAAACCUGCAGUGAGAACCAAAGUCCAACUCAUCUCUAAGAAAGCAGCUUAGAUUUCAGUCUGUUGCUCUGAUAGUUUUAGACAAGCCCCCACUUUCCAUUCUCGCAUUUGAUGCAAAAAUAACUUGAUAUUUGCAAAUAUCUCAAAACAACAGAAAAUACUUGUGUAUAAUAGUUGAAAAAAAAAACAAAGCAGAAAUAAUAGUUAAAAAAACAAAAUGCAGAAAAAGACAUGCAGAUUGCACAACUGGAAUGUCGUGUGUCGGAUCUAGAACCGUAUUCCUGCAUAAAUUAUGUCAUGAAUAGUGGUCUUGAAAUCAACCUUUAUUCUGUCUUCCUAUGCUAGGGCAGUUUAACCAGCAGAUGAUGGGGAGGGAAGAAAAAGACAGAGCAAGAAUCGGCUGAGAAACAAAAAACUGCCCACUCACAAAAUCCUGUAGUAGAAAACAAAAUAAUAAAAAUCUGUCGAUGUCAAAUGGAAUGACAAAUGCAUGCAAAAAAAAUCAGUUUAUACAAACAAUUUUUAAAGGAUAGAACUGUUGGAGUGGAACAGCAAUACAAAAUAUAUAAAAUACAAAUUAACCAGUUUUAUGAGAACAUGCAAAGAAGACUACAAAAAGAAUGGGAAAAAAAUUAAUAAAAUACUAAAGGAAUUUGGAAAGCAUUGAACAGUGUCAUUAGAAAACAAAAAGACAAAAUAAAAUAACCAGACUUUUUAGUUAGUUAAAAUGAAAUGUGCAACAAUAAUCAGGAUAUAUCAUGAUUAGGGUUCUGUUUUUUCCCCGCCUGACUUAGUUUCAGCUUGACUUUCCUUGUCCCAAUCUCCGCUGAUCGUUUGCAUCGGUGUCUUCUCAGUCCUGUCAGUAUAUAUGUCUUGUCAUGGCCUUCCUCUGUGCUGCUCCAUAUUGUCUUCCCUGUCUUCCUGGUCACCACAACAGUUGUUUUUUGUUUGUUUUUUUGUUUCCCUGCUCGACAGCACUUUUUGUCAUCUAAAUAAACCCCUUGCCCUUGGAA